AAAGUAUGGCGGAAGUAGAGUAAUUUUAUGCACAAAGUUAAGAAAAACAACAUGCUGCAAGAUGACGAGCCCUUUAAUAACUUUUCUUUUCCGCAUACCAUGACUUCGUAUGUACUGCAACAAGAAAAAUGUCGUCCAAAGGACGGAAUCUGGCCAAAACUAUUGGAAAAUCAAUUAGGAAAAAGUUCACAGAUUUAGAAGGUCGACCUGACCAGCAACAGGAAUCGUUUUCUCUUGGUGAUACUGAUAUGAAUGCUGCAAUGGAUUUGAGAAAUGAUCGAGGAAUGUUAACAGCAUCCAGUCGUGCCCCAAAAGUUGUGAAAAGUGUGUCACUUGGAAGUAUUAACAAUGAAGAACCCGUUAUUGUGGACCAAGAAGACAUCAUAGCAUUAACACAGGAUGUCAAGAGUUUCUCUGAUGCCCUUGCAAGUCUCAAGACUGUCUUCACUGCAAAUUUGGAAGUUGGUGAUGACACAAGAGUGAUUGCUCAUCAAAGACUGGGUGAGGUUUUAUGUAUUUUGAAGAAUGUAUUACAGUGCUACCCAGCACUCCACUCCACGGAUCUGUUUUCAGCUGCAGGGGCUCUCAUUGGAAAAAUCAAGAAUCACAAUUAUGAAGAAGCAGCUGAUGACAAUUUGCUGCAGUCUUUCUGUGAUGCCAUUGACCAGCUGGCUUUAUCCUUCAGCAGCAGUGUGUCUGAGUACUUAAUGGGUGGUAUGGAACCAGAGAUGUCUGGAAACAACAAAACAAAGUCUUAUGACAACUUGGCAGCACUUGAUACAGAUGGAUCUGAAACUUCUAGCAUUGAUGGAAAAUGUGCUCAAAUCUGUGGCAGUGAUAUUGAUGUGGCACUGGUACGUCUAGAAGCCGGACUGGACUUAGCAUUGCAGAGAGCUAAGGCUUGGUCGAAGUAUGCAAGGGAUAUUAUGACCUACAUUGAGAAGAAAACGCAACUAGAGUUGGAAUACUCCAAAAACUUGAGUCGGUUAGCACAGUCUACAAGACCUGUUUUAACAGAAGAGGGAUUUUUGCCAUUACAGUCUGUGUAUUGUACUCUGUUAGCUCAGGAUACUGAGUUUUCCAACAACUGUCAGGCCACACAUGUGCUGUUGCAGACAUCAAAAUUUAUUGAGCCUUUGUCGACAAGGCGUGCUGAACACGACAAAGUGAGAAAGUCUGUGAAGGAAGUAUGGGUUAGAGAAAUCAAGAAAAUGCAUGACACUGUAACGAACCUACGCAAAGCUCAAAACAUGUACGUGUCCCGACAGUUAGAGUUUGAUAAAGCCCGAGAGCUGACACAGAAGGCUGAUGCAGAUAAACAUGACAAACGUAAGAAGCUGGAAGAAGAAGCCAUGCAUAAAGCUGCAGAAGCCGAGACCACCUACAAGGCCUGUGUAGCUGAGGCUAAUCAUCGACAACAGGAACUUGAGAAGGUUAAGUUUGACUUGCUUGGCAAAAUCCGGGAACAGAUUGAAAUGUGUGAUCAGACUAUGAAGCAGUUGACGGUAGAUUAUUUUCAGCUACUACAUACAGUGUCUGCACCACUUCCUGUUCAGUUUCACACCCUGUGUGAAAGCAGUAAAACAUAUGAACCUGGAAGCCAGUAUGCUGAGUUUGUACGAAGACUGCCUAUCCCAGCAGCCAGCACAACCAGACAAGAGGCUUUCUCAUUUGAAGCUUAUGUACCCGGUGUUAAAUAUGGUGAGAGUCGGAAACCCAGCACUCACUCUAAUGGCUUAGUAUCCUCCGACUUGCUUCCUUCCAACGAAGGCUCUCCGACAUCCUCACCCAGAAAAGCAGACAAAAAUCGUGCUCCAGUGAAAGCCUGGGGACAGUCGGGAGUACCAAACAGUGAUUCGGAUAGUGCCAAUGGAAGUAGUAGCAAUAAGUCACAUGAUUCAUCACCUAGCAACAGUCCACACACAAUGUCAAGACCUCACCUUGUUACUAGUCAUUCACUUGAUGAACUGGUUGAAGAAGACUCGAAAAAUAGUAAUGGUCAUGAGCAGAGACGUAAUUUGAUAAAACGGAUGUUGACGGUUGCAGCAGAAGAUUCAUUGAUGCCCUAUAAUCGUGGUCGGCGAAACACAACAUUUGGUGUUGACUUCCAGGAACAAGUUGCCCAGUUUAAGCGAGAAGUUCCACCAAUUAUUUCUAAGUGUUUAUCAGAAGUGGAAAAACGAGGCAUGGACAUCAAGGGUAUAUACCGAGUUUCGGGAGUGAAGAGUAAGGUGGAGAAUCUGUGUCAGCGUUUUGACAUGGAACCCGAGAUUGUUGAUCUGGAGGAACAACACCCAAACGUCAUCUCCAAUGUACUGAAGCUGUACUUGAGACAGUUGCCAGAACCUUUGCUUACAUUUCGAUUGUAUGGAGAUUUUAUUAAUGUUUCUAAGGAAAGCAUGGCUGGUGCUAUCUCUAGUGCUAAAACAGUGGAACGACUUGCAUCCUUGGUUCGCAAUUUACCACACUCUAACUUCAAAACUCUGGCUGUGCUUGUUCAUCACUUACAGAGAGUUGCUGCACACAGUGAUGUGAAUCAGAUGAGUCCUAGUAACCUGGGUAUUGUCUUCGGACCCACACUUCUUAGACCUGCAGAAGGUACUGCUUCCCUCGCUUCUUUGGUGGAUACACCUCACCAGACACGUGCCAUAGAACUACUCAUUUCUUCAGCUCAGACCAUCUUUGGUCCUGACGCUGACUACCAGCUGGUUGCUGGAGAAACGCCAGUUGAGUUACUGCCAGAUGAAAAUACUCAGCCAACACAAAAACAGAAGCCCUCAGGAGAAAAAGUAUCAGCAGUUUCAACCGAAGAAUCAUCAAAACCUGUUAGUACUGCAGCCAGUAUACCUCCAGAUCAUAUUGUGCAACCAGCAGAAGGAGAGACUCUUUCAGGUUUAGACAAGAAGUCAGAUUUUACUCUGCCAGGCAGCACCUCUGCAGAGAGUAAAGAUGCUGCAUCUUCUUCUAGUCACGUUGGCUGCCACACUGACGGGGAGGAAAGUUCGGAUGAUUUAGACCUGCAAUCUGAUGAUGACUUGCCGGACACAUUGCUUCCAGAUGACUCCCUGUCCCCACGGUCCGCAAACCCGGCCGUGGUCACACCACAUUUCAUGGCAGGGGGAGUAAGACAUGCCGUCGUCGGAUCAUCGCUUUCACAACCCACCUCUAGUCAAGCAAGUGGUUCUGGUCCUGUGCUCAUAUGUUCUAGUCUGAGUGACAUCGCCCAGCCCUGUGCGUUUGUUGGCAUCAUAACUGCAGCAGACAGCUCGACAUCACCCUCAUCUGCUUCUUCUACUAGUAGUCUGCUCACAGCCAUGGUCCCAGUCAGUCCCAUCAAGGUGGUCAUCUCUGAGGUUGGUGACUCUGACGAUGCUCAAACUGAAGAGAUCCAAGUGCGACAUCCACGACUUGCCAAAGCAACUGUUGUUGCACCAUCGACAAUAGCAGCUGCAGAGACCAAGUCACUGCCACCAUCCACUUCGCUUGUGUCUAGCGGAGAGAAAGCUGCAGCUUCUGAGAAACGCACUGUUAAAACACCAGCAAAAACAGCAGCAGCAUCAGGCGGAGACAAAGCAAGAGGAAUGAGACCAACUAGUUUGCCCGACUCGCCUAAAAAAUCUAAAGAAGCAUCUCGGUCAGAUGUGAAAAAGUCACACAGUUCAACUGCCAGCUUGAUGCAAAGGAAGAAAGCAUCCACAACAGUUGCCGUGGUAACUUUACCGAGUUCGUCUGGCUCCACUCGUGCUUGCUGCAUUGGCCGUCAGUCAACACCAACAUACAUCAUGUCCAAACGAUCAAGUGUUCCAGCUGGGGCUUCUGGAUCAUCUCGACCAUUGAGCUCGUCAUCAUUGGGGUCACGGUCAGCUUCCAGCAGAAAAAGUGUUGAAUUAUCAACUACUGCUUCUGCUUAUUCGAAACAGGUCACAUCCGUCCAAAGUGCCAGGAUGACAUCUACCAAACACAGAAGAACUUCGGAAGACACGCAGUUGACGUCAACAAAAACCACCUCGAAACAUGUGGACAGGCAAAACAGUGGGAAAGGGUCUUUGAAAAGGAUACAUGAAAAGAGUCAGGUAGAGAAAACUAUAUCUAACCCUUCUUCACUUUGUGGGUCUGGGGCUGAGGCGCAGUCUUCUGUUGGCAAACCGUCUCAACAGAUUAGUCAGGACCGAACUCCGCGAUUUGUCUAGUCGUGGGCUCUGUGUUCAAAGACAGGGCCAAUAGACAUUUAUAUCGUAAACUGGUAUUGUAGACUUGCAUAUAAAUAUACAUACAUAUAUAUAUAUAUACACACACAUCGCCGUUUUAAUAUAUCUUCAUAACAUAAUGAUCAUUACCACUGACACCUAGGAACACCAUAAUUCUUGUGCAAUAUUAUUAGUGCUGAAUGUGAUGGAGCCGAUUAGUUUCUCUAACUUGUGAUAAAUGGCUACACUAGACGCUGGUCCAGGAAACUGAGACGCACCAUAAUAAACGUGGAACCACGAUUUCUGUGGAUGAAAACAUUUCUGUGCUUUUGUAGAUUUUUUAUUUCAAUGUUUUAACUUCUUCUUUUUUUUUUCCCAAAGAAGCUACUGUCAUUUUCUGCUAUGUGAUUAUUUGUUAGGUUUUGUAAUCAUGUUCAUACAACAGUGUUGACACAAUUCAUCUGUUAAAAUGUUAAUUUAUAGGUUAUGUGAAUGUAGAAAAAAAUAUAGUCUAGGAAGUUGUCGAAAAAUAUAUAGUGUUUGUAAUAUGUAGAGUAUGCGUAUAGGAAAUAAUGUUUUACACUUUGCUCUUUCAUUUCUUGUUUCCUUCUGUCAGCAAUAUAUUUGGUUGUAGUCAUUCAUCCACAACAUUUUCACAUCCAAUUCUUUCCUUCCUUCUUCAAAAUUUAAAUUUUUAUAUAUUAUGCCAGUUCUAUGUCUUUUACUUAGUGAAUGGUUCAGGAAAUAAAAUUCAGCCAAGUUUCUAGACCAAAUUACAACAUAAGGGCCAACAUGUGUAUACCUAAAAGAAGAUGGUAAAAAUAUUAACGUUACUGUGAACAGUCAUCAUAACUAGUACUUACACUGUUUCUUGGUUGCAUCAUGUAGGUUCAGAGCUUGUAGGAGAAUAUCAAACUGGGUAUUGUAAAUUUUAACAUAUUAGAGAGUGAAUUAGGCUGGGAGUAACAGUGCUUCAAGUCCCUUUAUUUAGCAUGUAAUAGAGUUUUCCAUCGUGACAAGGAAUGUAAUAUCUUUUUGAUUCCAGAAUAUUUGAUAUUUCUGUUUAGUACAUACAUGUUUUAAUUUUGAAAUAUCUCAGAUUGACUGGCAAAGUGACAGCUUGUGUCCUUCUUAAUUUUAAAAUACAGACUAGUUCAUCGAUUUAUAAUCAAAUGUGAGUUACAACAGAUUUAUUUCCAGUAAUUGACACCUGGUAAUUUGUAUGUGUAUUCUGUAUACUUUUGUGUUUGAUAAAAAUGUUCUAUCAGUUAGUCAUGUUAUAGAUAUAAUCAUUAUACUGUUUUGUUUAUACACAACAACAAAAAAACCCUACCCCAAAACUCUGAGGGUUUUUAAAAAAACAAAAUUAUUUUUUUAUUAUUAUUUAUUUUAUUUUUUUCCACAUACAUGUACUUUGGUACCAAGAGGUAAAUUUUUUUUUGUCCUUGAUAAUUAAGUAUUAUUUUGGCUUGUUUUGACUUUUUGUUUGUGUGUAUUUAUUCAUGUAUUUGUUGCUAUCAUAUUAAUUUAGUCAUAGAUUUAUGAAACAUACUACUCAAAUGUUUGUUAUUUAUAUAUAUAUAUAAAUUUAUAAAUAUUAUUUUAAAAUAUAUAAUGUUGUUUUGGUAAUGUGACUGUAAACAAUUCAUGUUGAAUUUAUUAAUACAUGUAUUAACAUAAAAUUAGUAAAUCAUACUCUUCAAAGUUAUAGUCCUAACAUAAUGAUAUUAAUUUUAUAUAAAUAUCUGUUAAAUGAUAAGAAGAAUUCUCAGUGAAUCAUCCUGAUAAUAAUAAUAUCAGUUGUUGGUGGGCUUUUCUUCAAAUCAGGGCUUGCACUUCGUUUUAUUUCUAUUAUUUGUAAAAAAAAAUUAAAGCCAAAAGGUAAAAUGGGCUUAUUGUAAUGUUUCAGAAAUAGAUCAUACGAUAGUUUAAAACAUGCCAUUUCUACAACUUUAUUGUGCAUAUAAAGUUGAAGAAAACAAAUUAAUGCUGUGACUUUGCCAUACUGUUAUUACCGUUAACAAGAAGGAAAACUAGAACAACAAACACAUAUUGUCUGAACAUAUUUCAGUGGUUAUUGCUAGAACACCAGAGUGAGUUUUAAAGACUCAACGAGUAAGUAUUAGAUCACUACACCCUCUUUUUUCUCACUAACCAAUUAACAACUGUCCAGGACAGACAGCCCAGAUAACUAAGGUGUGCAUCCAGGACAGCGUGCUUGAACCUUAAUUGGAUAUAAGCAUGGAAAUAAAUUGAAAAAAAAUGAAUGUGCAGUCAGUGGUGUUCAAUCAUGUCAUGAAACACUCAACAGUAGCAAGCAGUCUCAAAAUAUUGGUUUGCAAGUCAUGGAUGACUGAUACAUUACUUGGGGCUGUUUUACUUUAAAAUAUAUUGAGACUGGGUUUGAAAAUAUUAGGUAACUCUUGACCAUCCUCCCAUAUCAUUUCAUAAUGCAUCCCUUGAUACCACCUUCCAGUGAGUGUUGAACAGGCCCUUAAUUUAUGAAAUGCAUUCCUAGCAAUUUUUCUGUUGCAAAUUUAGUAUAAUUACUAUUACUAUUAUUAAAAUUAUUAAAAGGAAAUAUUAAUAGUAUUGUUACUAUAAAUCAAUAAUGGACAUGAAAUAUAAAUAGAAUAUUAAUUAAAGAUAUACUGUUUAAAAUAUAGCAAACAAAAAUAAAAUGAUUAUUAAUAAAAUUAUAAAUGAAACAAGUCUAGGUUGGUAAAGUAGCAUUUUACGUAUUGUUUAAUGACAACUCUGCUAACAAAAUAUAUUUCAGUGUAACUUACCUGAAAUAGUAAAUUGUCAUACAACUGUGAUAUAAAAGAUAAUAAAUAAAUUACUAUACUAGUCAAACUUCUGCCCAGAGUGAAAUAAACUUGACAAUAGCAGCUAUAUAAUUAUGUCACAAUAUUAAUGUAUCUUUUAUUUUGUUCAUUUAAGUUACAGUAAUUCUUGAAAACUCCAGCUUCAAGGUAUACUCAUUCUCGAAAACCAAAGCUCUGCUUAUUAAAUUAAAGAAGUUGCUAAAAUAAUUGUUUCUAACAACUCUCAUGUGUGUGCACACAUGCACACACAAUCUCUGUGACACACACUCAUCAACAGAAAUGGCCAUUUUGUUGGAAAUAAAAUGAGUACUGGUGUGUGACAUGUUGAAAGUUUACCAACAGACCAGUUCAAAAUCACACUCAGGUUCAACAUGUCAUAUCUCACAUACUUAAAAUUAUUUUUUCAAACAAAAAAUAUUUAGCAAAAUGUUGGAACCAUUAGUAAAUUUUUAAUGUUCUUGUCCAAGCGUUUUUUCUACAUUGUGAAAUGAAUGCUCAUGGAUACCUAACUAAUGCGUCAAAACAUCAAAAUAAUUUUGAUCAUAUGUAUAGAGAAUAAUACAUGAGUGGCCGUUCAACAUAUUCAUCUCCCACCCUUGAAAUAUACUUCUUCUUUAUUGCAAAAUGUUAAUGUAUUUUCUUGUUCAUAAAUUGUUAUUUAAAUGGUUAAGAUUUGUUGGUGAAUUUUGUAUUAAGAUUAUUAUUUAUUGGUAGUCAUAUUUUAUUUAAAAGAUGCUUUGUCCAUUUAUAGGUGGGUUAUUACCUGUUGAAAUCACUUAUUAAUGGGUUGGUGGGGGAUUCGGAUUUUGUUUAAAAACCAAAUAACUACAAAAACCCACCCAUCCUGAAACCUUAAAAUAUAAACACAUUUCAGACAAAUUGUAGAACAGUUUUCAUAAUACUUAAUACGAAACACGCAUAAAACAUUCUUAGGAGUUUGCAGAUUCUGAAUUAUGAAUCUUAAUUUUAAAAUAUUGGAUACACCUUGGUGGCACAGACAAGUUAUCUGUGGAAAAGAUAUUUUAACUUUUUAAAAUUUAAUACAUAACAUCAGUUGAUCCAUAAAUGUAUCUACAACUAGAGUCAACUACUUUAAAAUAUUUUGCCAUAUCUAGUAGAGAAGUAACCGACUAGGCAAAUGUUACACCUUUUCUAGUCAAAUCUCAGGUUAGGUUUUAAUAUGGUUUACACAUAUAUACUGGAGUUGGUGUUGUACCUUCGUUUUAUAAUGACAAUGUGCAUUAUGGUUGGUAACUUGUAUAUGUAGAAUUUAUGUAAAUUAUGUAAGUCAUGAGAUUGUAUUCUUCAUUGUGCAUGUUUUACUUUGCUAUUACUGUUAUAAGGUAGAUAAUUUAUUAUGGCCUACAUGUAUAUGCAAAAUGUCACAAAAAUUGUUGGUAGUAGAUUUGUGUAGAAAGUUUGGGAGAGGUAUAGGUGUCCCUACCCACCCACUUCCUUCUGUUGUGACUUGCUGGGUAGUCAUACAGUAUUGUAAUGAUGAGUCUAUGCCUGGACAGAUUUCUGAGACUCUAAAUGGGUGUUACAUUUUGUGUAAGUACAUUGAAGUAUACAUGCUUUGGUUUUAUAGCUUUUUAUACAACUCAUUACAGCAAUAUUAACAUGUACUAAACAUUGCUUUGUAUAUUAAGUAGUAAUAAUAAUGAAUAUUCAACUCAA